AUGGCAGUCAUUGCGGAGAGACAGAACUUCAAUGAUGAUGUGUUUUACGACGACAGGAAUAGCUUCUGGUGGACCAGGGACGGACAAAUCGUCAGAUGGUCGGUGUUCUUUGGAUUGUUCUUCUUGUUUAUGGCGUACAUGAUCGGUGGCUACUGGCAUGCGAAGAGAAGGAUCAACAAAGGCCUUGUACCUCUAGGUUACCAUCGUUGGCUCCUAAGCAGACGGGACAAAGCCAGAUACGAUCCAAACUACCAAAACCCAGCUGUCUACUACAACCAAUAUCCCCCACCACAGCAGAACAGCCAGCAUGGAAUGUAUCCAAUGCCACCCCCUCUUUACAACAACUCGGACCUUCCACCUACCUACCAACCACCUGCUGGAGCCACCAAGGUCGAUCCAUCACAAUGGCGCGCAGAGCCGACACGAAGACCAGCAGAAUCUGCGGGUGAACCUUCACCAGCCUAUGAAGCUCCACCAGGACCUCCUCCAGCAGCCGUUCAAACAAACCACACCGGAGCGAGCACGGUGAGCAACAAUCCAUACAGGACUUGA